AGCCCUCACGAGCACCAACAGAGCCAGUUGCUCUCUCGCAUCAUUGUGAAUGUCGAGAAGCUAAACGAGGCCAUCAUGAUGCUGAACAAGAAUCUGCAAGAGAUUAACAUCCAAAACAUGGAUACCGAGCUUGUGGCUCAGAUGUUCAAGAACUACCAGUCUAACGUUCUUUUCCACCUGGAAGGUAUGUACAUAGUCAUGCUGAGACUCGGUUGUAAUCGCACUAACGAACCAUAG